CCGCGCCGUAUGUCAACCAAGCAGGAAAUCCUUCUCCAGCGGAUUAAUUGCGGAAUACAAUUUUAGAAUAACGAAGCACCGGCAUGGAAUCAGAGAAACAAGUUCAAUCAACAGGAGAGGAUGUGCCUGACCCGGAGGAGGAGGAGAAGAGGCUGGCGGCAGCAGCCCGGGAAGCCAACCGGCUAUCUGAGCUACGGCUGGUGCUGUUGGGCUGGAGGUGGCCUGGGAAGAGCCUCACAGGCAACACCAUCCUGGGCCGCGAGGAGUUCCGCCUAGAACGGGCAGCCGAGUUCUGUGUCAAGCGUCAGACUGAGGUGGAGGGGCGCCAGGUGACAGUGAUAGACACGCCGGGCUGGUUCUCAGCCCAGACAACGCCUCCCCUCUACCAGCAGGAGAUGGUACGGGGCGCCUCUAUGUGUGGUCCCCCUGGCCCCCACGCCUUCCUGCUUGUCAUCCCCGUGGGCAUGUUUACCGAGGUGGACCGGAGCCGCAUCGAGGAGCACCUGGCCCUGUUUGGGGAGCACGUGUGGAGGCAUACUAUUCUAGUGUUCACUUGGGCUGAGGUACUGAGGAACAUGUCCAUUGAGAGACACAUCAAGAGGGAGGGGAAGGAUCUGCAGUGGGUGUUGGAAAAGUGCAAGAGGAGGUACUUUGUCAUCAAUAACUGCAUAUUUGGGGAGCACCCCCAACUGAGGCGGCUCAUGGAGAAGAUAGAGAAGGUGGUGGCGGAGGAGGGCAUCUAUAGCCCAGAGGAGGUGGAGGAGAAGAAACAUCUGGACCAAAACCAGAACCAAAACCAGAACCGGGAGCUUGGGGCAAGGCCCAAAGUGAACUCUGCUGUAGGAUUGGCCAAACUGGACGUGGACCCGCCCCACAAUUCAGUGGAUGGACUGACUGACUGAAGGAGAGAUGGUGAGCCACCACAGUACCGAUUUAAGAGCUGCUGGAUCUACAUCCAUACAUCACCCGGCACCUCAAGGCCUGUAUUCACACAUUGUCUCAGUGUUGAUCUAGAAUCAGUUUGCCUUUGAGAUCAUAAUGAAUGAGACCUGUGAGGGGCGACCUAAUCCUAGCACUCGUACUCUGAGACAAUUUAUGAAUACAGACCCAGAUUAUUUUAGAGUUUUAAGAUAAUAAAAAUAUUUAUAUCAGUGUGAGCGAUAUUAUCUGUAACUGGAUGUAGGCUAACAUUAUGCUGUUUGAGACUGUUACCUCCCACCAAUGACAGCUCUGAUGAAAUGUAUCUAUUUGGGGAUUAGAUUUUUACUGAUUUGGUUUGCACAUUAAAUUUUAAAAGAAAUAUGACCAAGAACAAGAAAAAAAUCACAGACAUUCAUACAGGACGAUGAAAGAAACCCUAAAUGACCAAUCUGUACUAGUAUUUUUUUAAUUUUACCUUUAUUUAACUAGACAUGUCAGUUAAGAACAAAUUCUUAUUUUCAAUGACAGCCUAGGAACAGUGGGUUAA